GAGCAAUCACAGUGGCGGUGGCGCAGGUGGAGGUGGUGCCGGUGGAGCUGGCCAGAACGGCACCCUGCCCACUUCCGCUUCGCUCCAGGGGAUGAAUAUCCAGGACACGGAGCUGGAUGGCUCCAGUAGCAACGACAAUGGGGACCGCGAUCUCUGCCUGAACAACAACAAUAAUGCCGGCGACGGGGGCGGCAUGGAUAUGUGCGACGUACCUGACCAUGUGGCCAACCAGAAGCGCCAUGUGCGGAUCAUCAAGUCGGACAACAACGGCCUUGGCAUCUCCAUCAAGGGCGGUCGCGAGAACCGGAUGCCCAUCCUCAUUUCGAAGAUCUUCCGGGGCAUGGCCGCCGACCAGGCCAAAGGACUCUACGUGGGCGACGCCAUCCUGACGGUCAACGGGGAGGAGUUGCGGGACGCCACCCACGACGAGGCGGUGCGGGCCCUCAAGCGAUCCGGUCGAGUGGUGGAUCUGGAAGUCAAAUUCCUACGCGAAGUGACGCCCUACUUUCGGAAGGCGAGCAUCAUCUCGGAAGUGGGCUGGGAGCUCCAAAGGGCUUUCCUCUGUCCGCUGGGACCGGGCGUACCCACCUCGCCGCCCGCUCCAAAGACGACACCUCGGGCGGAUACGCGAUAUAUCCCGCUGCAGCUAACCCAUCUGGCCAGGAAUCUUAAGUACAUCGACCCGGAGAAUCGGUGCUUCGAGCUGCACUCGCCGGACGGAGUGCACUCCUGUAUCCUGCGAGCGGCGGACUCGGCGGAGGCCCUGGUCUGGUUCAACGCCCUCCACUCGGCGAUGGGCAGCAGCACGCAGCGGGCGCUGGCCGAGGCCAACCGGGCGCUGACCAACCUCAUCGGCGAGCUGAAGCACAUCGGCUGGCUGAGCAAGCGGACGAGCGGCGGCGGCGGUGGGAGCUCCGGGAGCGCCGGGGGCGGGGCGGCCAGCGGGGGCAGCGGCACUUCGAACAGCGGCGUAGCCGGCGAGCUGCCCAGCGGUCGUUCCAGUUCAGAAAGCUCGGAUGAGAGCGACAAGUGGCUGCCCAUUUUCGUGGCGGUGACGGAGCGUGAGUUCCGGAUAUACGAGAGUGCUCCCUGGUCGGUGGAGGCCUGGAGUCGUCCCCUGGAGAUCUACGCCCUGGCCACGACGCGUCUGGCGGGAGCCGGGAACAACUCCUCGCUGAACGGUCAGCAGACCACGGUGUUCUGCGUCCGCUGCGGAACCGCCCGCGGGGUUCUCGUCUACUGGCUGCGCUCGGAGACGCACCGGGACAUGGCCGCCUGGGCCAGGUCCCUCGUCCAGGGCUCCCAUCAGGCGGUCAACUACCAGAGGGAGUUCUCCUUCCGCUGCCUGUUUCAGGGCCGGCAGUGUCAAUUGGUUGUGCACAUAAAUCGUGGCUUCUUUCUGUACGACUGCGGUGGAUUCGCUCCAACCACUCCGACGGUGGCCACCUCCAAAACGCAGCUUUGGCAGUUCGCAUUCGACAAACUGAAGGGCUCCGCGGAUGAUGGCAACAGGAUGUUGUAUCUGGACUUUGGCGAUGAUGGAGAGAUUGAACUUGACAUGGAGUGCUGCCCCAAGCCUGUGGUUUUUGUCGUGCACAAUUGCUUGUCGGCCAAAGUUCAUAAUAUUGCCUAGAACGAGGUUGAAUCGGAGGGGACAAUCUGAUAAUUGUUGAUGUUUUGGGUUAAUGAAUUUUGAUUUGUGUUCCCUAAAAAACGAAUGUGCGAUUUAUUUAAUUAUUAGAUUGUCGAAAUCUGGUUGUUGGUCGAAAAAGUAUUAUUACUUAUUGGUUAUAAAAUUGUUUUCUCUUAACUACUUAACACUUGUAAAAGGCUUAAAUUCAUUUCUCUGAGUGCAAUAUUAUGUUAACUCUGUCAAUUAACCCAGACUCGAUUAAGAAAAUCUCAUUAAACGCUAAAUUAUGUAUUGACGCUUGAUUUGUAGAACAGCCUAAAAGCCGACCACAAAAUAUUUCGAGUUGAAAUGAUAAUAGCUUUUGUUUGGUCUAAAAUAUUGACAUUUAUAAAGCCAAGUCCUACCAAAAGUACGGCAUAGUUAAUUUAGCAAAGAAAGGAUUAGAUAGUGGUAGAUGAGUGAGCAUUUCGUGCUUCCUGAUGGCUAUGGAAUCGGAUUAGAUGGGUAGGUUUAGCUGGAAGAUGUGGCAGAAAAACAAAAGUAGAUUUUUGAAAAAAAAAACACGAAGCACAAACCAAAAACAGAAAUUAAUGACAAGUAAGACAAAACAGAACAACUUUAUUUAACUUGUAAGUAGACGUAAAUUCAUUUUAUACGUGUAAUUUACACAGGUUACCAUCUAAAGUGAAAUCGAAAAAACGAAAUAUAAUUCUAUGAACUCCACAACAUUUGCAUAAACGUUGAACAAUAAUUAUCAUAAUUGUACUUAACUAAUUGUAUCUUGAAUCUUGUAUCUAAACGAAGCACACAUAUCUCGGAUGCCCACUCAGUGGCAUCGAUAUCAAUCGGGGACUAGGCCCCAAACUAAACUCUAUAUAAAAUCAUAUAGUUACCUAAAAGAUACGAGUAUAUCCAGGCCAUUUCGCAAUUUCUCCCCACUCUUCAUGUACAAGCCAUCGAUCAUAUGCAAUUAUUAUACAUUUAUAUCUACAUAUAACACGACACAUACUCAUUUUAUGAAAUUAGAAAUUUCGUUAUAGACAAAAACGAGACAGAAAAGAAGAACAACAAAAGUAAUACAAGUAAUGACAAAAAUCAAUAAGAAAAUAACAAAGCAUAAGACGUACAAUAUUUUAAACGUAAGUAGUGUUGAAUCUUCGAUAAUAAACUUAUAUAUAUAAAUACUAUACCAUCAA